AUGGACGAAGAUAAAUCAGGCAAAGACAACGAUGAAGCUCCUCUAAUAAGCAAAUCUGAUUAUAAAGAUCCAUCUUGGGACGAUUAUUACAAAAAAAGCUACAAAGAUCUGCUUAACUCUCCAAAUGACCUUUGGAUGGUUCUUUUUAUUAAAACUGUCGGAUUUGGUGGAUUUUCAAUGAUUUUGGUCAGUGCAUCUAUCUAUUUAUCAGAAGUCCAAGAUUUUUCAGACACCACAGUUGGCUUUCUAUAUGGAAUAGCUGGCAUUUUAGCUGCAAUCUAUACAGUCGCACUUUCAAGUAUCCCUGACAGAUUUGGAAUAAAAGUUUCCAUGAUGAUCUCAAUGGGUUCUGGGUUUAUAGGAUUUAUGAUGCUUAUAUUUAUUACUCAAAAAUACAUACAACUAUAGCCCAUACCCUUCUAUAGAUUUCUUAUCGAACAAAAUGUAAUGGAUGUUGAACGAUCAAGUCAGACUCUAUCAAAGGGACAAGCUUGAUCUCUAUACCAGAAGGGUUAAAAGUCACAUGUCACAAAAUGGUUGACAAAUAUGAAGCACGCGCCAAUUUUAAAAUGGCUUUAUUAUUAAUUAAUUAAUAUUAAAGUUGGAGUUAUAUGUUUUAUUAAGGAAGAGAUUAUAAUUUUAUUUUAGCGUUUUGAAAAAGAAGGAAAAAAUUGGUAAGAUGCUUAUCAGUAUCAGUCUAAACUAGUAUUUUAAAAUCAAAGUAAUUUAAUAAUAAAGCCAUUAUAAAAAUUAGCGGGCUUACUUGUCAAAUUUAUUCACAUUUGUCAACCAAUUUUUGAUAUGCCACUUUUUAACCCUUCAUAGUCUAGAGUUCCAGUUCGUUCCUUUGAUAGAGUCUGUCUUGAUGCUCAAAUGUUUACUACUUUUUGUUCAAUAAAGAAAUCUAUAUAGGGGUAUAGGCUAUACUUAUAUUAGGCACAUUUGUUUUAGUCCCUCUUGUUCUCAGUCCUCCAGCAGCCAAGCUAGCAGUAAAAAAAUACACAUCGAGCGACGCAAGAAGCAUGGGAUUUUCAGUUUAUAUGAUGGUAUUUUAUGGCAGCAUUGCUAUUUCUGCAAUAGCAGUUGACAUUAUUCUCACUAUAGGUGAUGAGGAUCAAGAAACUUUUAGGAUUCUUUUUAUCAUUUCUGCAGUUUGUAUGGGAUUUGCAUUUUUCCUAGCUUUACUAUUAAGAGAAUUAGAUUACUCUUAUAGAGGGCAAGAAAUUGUGGCUGUAGAUAAAAAUGAAGGCUCGAACUGGGAACAUUUACGGUCAAUUUUGGUUUUAAAAUCUUUUUGGAGACUUGUAUUGCUAUGUGUAACUCUGUCGUUUAUUCGGUCUGUAUAUAAUCAUCUUAAUAUCACUUUGCCUCUUUACAUGUAUAGAGACAUUGAGGAUGGGGCUCAUUUCGGAUAUAUCAUUGCGCUUCAUGAAGUACUUAUGAUUAUUUUUAUUCCUAUUUUGACGAUGCUGAUAUAUGUGAUGAAUAAUUACUCUUUGCUUGUUUUUGGGAGUUUUAUUACGGCUGCAGCACCUUUAGUACUUUUAUUUGGAGCUAGUUAUUUAACGGUGUGCAUUUUUGUGUUUUUUGUGAGCUUAGGGGAAGCGAUUCAUGCGCCGAGAAUAAUUGAUUAUACGAUGGAGGUUGCUACUAAAGGACGUGAAGGAGUGUUUUUGGCAGUAGCUGCAAGUCCUUUAGCCCUAAGCUUUAUUUUUACAGGUAUAACAGCAGGUCCUUUACUUGAAGAAUAUUGCCCAGAAGAUGGAGAAAGGGAGUGCUGAAAAGUCUGGCUAUUUGUAUCAAUAAUCGCGUUUGCUGCUACCCUUGUACUGCUAUUUUGCCGAAAGUGGCUAGAGCAGCCAUAUUUUGAAUCACAUCCUUAUAUGUCUUGCUCAAAAGAGGCUAAAGAGGAUAGGAAGAGUAAAGAAACCGAACAAAUUGAAUAG